CGAGGGAGCCUUCCGGUACGGCAAGCGCCACGGCCGUGGGGUGCUGGUGUCCAACGCCGAUGGCACGGAGCGGUACGAGGGCGAGUUCCGCUCCGACUUCCCUGAAGGCGCCGGCCGCAAGGUGUGGCCGAACGGAGCCUCCUACGACGGCCAGUGGCGCGAGGGCCGGAAGGACUGCGCUUUGAGUCUCGGGAGUCGAAUGGCCGGUGUUACACCGGACAGUGGAAGGACGGCAAGCGGCAUGGUGUUGGCAAACAGGUAUUCGAUGGGACGACAAGCUAUGAAGGCCGCUGGGACAACGGCCUUCAACACGGUACAGGCAAGUACUUCGACACCAAGGCCGACACCGUCUUCGAGGGCCGAUGGCGUGGCGGCCACUACCACGGCGAGGGUCUGCUGCGCUGGGGGGACGGCGCUCGGGAGAAGCUCGAGUACGAGCACGGCAUGCUGAAGUCGAGGGAGGUACUUCCGAGACCGAAGGAGUACGUGCCGCUGAAGGGCUCGACUUGAGAAGGGACCCGCAGGGGCGCUCCCGCGCUCCCGGCAGCACGUCGCCGCGCCGUCUGCGCCGACGGGCGGCCUCUCCGCCUCGGGGAAGCCGCCGCUGGGCCACCCCGGGGCGCCACGGCGCCUGCGGGCGCGGUGGGCUCGCCGCGGGGCUGCGGCCGCGGGGCCGGCUGCGUCUGCCGCGGGGUGCGGGGCGCCGGGCCUGCCCCGGGUUUUUGCCGUGGCGUCGUCGUCGGCCCCUCGGGCGCGUCGGGGACAGAGGGCGCGGCGGCGCAUGGAGUGA